AUGAGGCGUAAGCCGAAGGGGCUUCCUGAGUCUUCAGGGGCUGAUGGUUCUUGGGAUUUACAAACUAUCUCUGGCUUUCUUUCUCAUGAUAGUUUGGAGGAACGGCGGUUCAACUACCAGAAAUGGUUCCAGCGAUGGAUUCCAACUCGUGGGGUUACUCUCCAAAGGGAAGCUUCUCGUUCUGGAAAGAAUCAAUCAUUAAUAUUCGUGGAAACCCCGGCAAAAGGGCUUACCGGGAAUAUUCCCGUAAAUCGAUUAACAUUUCCAGAUAUAUCCAAUUUUAUGAAGCUGAUCAGUAAAGGUCACUUGAGAAAGAAGCGUUCAGGUACACCACUCAGUGUGGCCUCGACGGAUGUGGAUCUCAAAGCGAGCGAACUUUUCUUUUGCGAAAUGAGUGGGAGCUUUACACAUCCAUUCCAUUCCGGACUUGGCUCUUUUCCUUCACUGCGCUUCGCUUCGUUCGUUGGGUUGGAGAAUGAUUCUCGAUCAGAUCAGAGAAGUACCGUUGACGUUGACACAUCGGUGAACAAAGAGACUGAUGCUCCGGUGAUAGACUUCGUAAACGUUUGGCUAGCUGGAAGAGUGCUGGCUUCUCGAACAGAGACAUGGGUCCAUCCUGGACAAAAGCCAUACUUUAACCUCGUCCACAGAGUUGAGCAUAUAAACUUGCUGGUUCAAAAAAAGGAAAGUGGAAACAGAGCCGACAGGCGUCCUCCAACGACUGCAGCCUUAAACCAAAAUACUCUCGAAAAAAAUGUAGAAUCCCCAUACCAGGAAAGCUCCUCUCCCUAUCAUUCGGAGAAUACCGACUUCCGUUAUAGAUUGAUAUGCUGGCAAGUGCCCUUACGAGCGAAGCGAAGUUCAGUCAUAGAAGAGAUCGAGAAAGUGGAUGAUUCCAAUGCUUCUUCUCGCAUAAAAGUCAAAGAGCUCAAAAGGAGAGAAAGCCGCUUCGAUCAGUCCCUCACUUCGUCCUGUAUACUUGUCUUCUAUUACUGUGGUGUUAUCCGGAAAGAUGUUUCCCUUCGCCCGCAUACCUUACACGUGUAUGAAAUAGCUGUUAGCAAAGCCAAUAGCUGUCCUGUAUGCAUCAAACAAAGGAGCUCAUCGAAUACUGCUAAAGACCAAGCGUUGGCUACCGCCUUGACUGAACCAGCACCCGAGGAAGUAUCACUGUUCAUAUCGAUCUCCUCUCUUACCCGGAUAUUGACUUUUGAGUCCUUCUCUCAGGAGAGCAAAGUGAGACUCAAAGAACGAAGCGAAGUUCAAUCUCUGGAGAGGGAAGGUUACAUUGACCAGAGCCAUCGAGGAGACCCUAAAGCUUAUAAAAGCAGAAUUUCUACGAGAAAAAUCGAUUGGGCGACUCCCAUCCUCCUUCGUUCAAGUGCUCUUUCCGAGCUCUUCUAUAGUCAGAGUUGUUGUGUAGCCAAGUUCACCUGCCCAAUGCCAAUGAUACGAAGAGCUAGCUUUGCUACCCUGGGGAUCGAUCGAUUAGAAAAAAAGAAUGGGAAGGAAGUGCUAAUCAUUGUUACCAUGCAUGCACGGGGAAGAAGCUCUAGUGGCUUUCAAGCGAAGUUCAGUCCCGGUGUAAUUGACCUCAGAGUUGUACUUGAGAAGCUAAGGCAGAAUCAGUUGUAUGCCAAGUUCGAGAAAUGCGAGUUCUGGCUUGAGAGAGUUGCUUUCCUUGGGCAUGUGUUGACAGCAGAUGGUGUUGCAGUAGACCCCGCCAAGAUUGAGGCAGUCUCAGAAUGGAAGCAACCUCAGAAUGCCACCGACAUCAGGAGUUUCCUAGGAUUGGCUGGAUAUUAUCGCCGAUUCAUUGAGAACUUUUCCAAGAUCGCGAAGCCAAUGACAGAGCUACUACAGAAGAAUGCUCCAUUUGUUUGGAAUGAGGCACGUGAGAAGAGCUUCCAAGAGCUUAAGAGAAGACUGACGACCACUCCAAUCCUUGCCUUACCCGAUAUUCAUCAGAAUUUCGUGGUAUAUUGUGAUGCUUCCAAGCAAGGGUUAGGAUGUGUUCUCAUGCAGAAUGACAGAGUGAUCGCGUAUGCUUCACGACAGCUAAGAGAUCACGAGAAGAACUACCCCACACAUGAUCUUGAGUUAGCUGCAGUUGUUCAUGCUCUCAAGAUUUGGAGACACUACCUGAUCAGCAACAAGUGUGACAUCUACACCGAUCACAAGAGUCUCAAGUAUUUCUUCACGCAGAAUGAGUUGAAUAUGAGACAGCGAAGAUGGUUAGAAUUGAUCAAAGAUUAUGAUCUAGAGAUUCAUUACCAUCCUGGUAAAGCAAAUGUUGUGGCAGAUGCCUUGAGCAGAAAGGGCUAUUGCAGCAGUCUCGUCACUAGAGAGCGAUUGCCUGAGUUACAUGAAGAACUGGAAAAGCUGAGAUUGGAAGCGCACUGGCCACCUUCAUACACUCCAAGUCACCUAUACUCUCAAAGAUCAGAUUCGAAAAGCCCAGAAGAAGUGCCCAAGGGAACAAGCCCAUUUUCGUUGGCUGCGGAAGCAUAA